ACAAUGGUGGUAUCUUAUAUGAGACAUCUGCUUAUUUUUUAAUGAACAUCUGUACAAAGUAAAGUAGAUGGGCCACGAUUUAUUGCAGUCAUUUACCACAGUUUUCAAUAUAAACAUAAAUGUGUGUUUAAAGUAAAACUGAAUCGUCACAUGCCAAUAGUCAUACGGGUACUAUUGUGAAAUAUAAAAAUACAUCUGACCUAGUUUGUCAAAGUUGUUGUGUUUACAGUAAACAGACCUCUUUGCUAUAACAUGAGCAUGGAAGUAUCAGGGAGGAAAGGAGCAACUGCAAUGUCAGACACUGUCAGCCAAUCAUCAACUGAAGAUUAUGAUAUAUCUUGUCAGCCGUGUUCGUUUGAGAGAAAUAAUGUUGGAGCUGAAGGCUAUUGUCAAACUUGCAGCGAAUAUCUUUGCAAAACCUGUCUUAAUGUACAUCGUAAACAGUCAGCUACAAGGAAUCAUAUCAUUCUUGGAAAUGACCAAAUGCCAAAAGAGCAAUCAAAAAGCAGAGACGUAUGUACUAAGCCUUGCUCAGUGCAUGUUCAAGAGAUCAUUAAAUUUUACUGUACAAGUCACGAUGUUGUUGGAUGUGGGGAUUGUAUGGUAAUAGAUCACAAGUCAUGCAAAGUGGACCUCGUUGAAAAUGUAUCAAGCACGACUGACAAUGAGAAAAGGGAAGUCAGAAAACAGAUUGACCAGUUUGAAAAAGAUAUUAAGAAAACAAAAAAAGAUCUUAUAUCUUCUAAGCAGGACAUUGUGGAAAAUUACUCAAAAAUUAGCCAAGAUAUUGCAGAGUUUAGAAAAAAAAUUAACAAGAGUCUUGAUAAGAUGGAAGCUGCGAUUGUUUUGGAGGCAAAUGAGGCCAAAAAAGACGCUGAAAGUGUAAUACUGCAUAUAUCAACUGAGUUGCAAACGCUUGAGAAAGACCUCAACUAUUUAUCCACAGACAUCAAAGGCUACUCAGGAAAACACAAUGAUCUAUUUGUAUCACUGAAAGAAACUAAAGCAAAACUGUGUUAUCUGAAAAUGUCACAUGCGCACUUGAAGAAGAAAAAUAAAAUACAGUUAUUUGAAUUUGAAAAAAAUGACAAUGCUGGUAUCCGUAACCUUUUGUCAGGUGAUGCAGUCAUUGGGAUGUUAAGGAUCAAACAAGAUAAACCGCAGGAAUUUCCAAACGUACCGACUGAUCGAAUACCGGUAAAUAUGCUGGAAAUGGCAGCAUUAUACGUUGGAAAAAUUGAAUCUAAAGAUGAAAAAUAUGAACCAAAAAUGUCAGGAAUAGCUGUAUUGUCAGCUGACGAAUUGGUUGCAACUGACAACCGAAAUGAAAAUGUUAAGUUGGUAAAUUUAAAGAACAAUGAAAUUAAGUUUAAACUUCCUCUCAAGUCUGCACCUUUUGAUAUAGCAUGCAUUGGUACAAAUAGUGUUGUCGUGACAGUACCCAAGAAAAAGCUUGUCAAAGUUAUAUCUGCGAUGGAUGUGAUACUAACAGAACAGAAUGAUAUUUUAGUGAAUGGAGAAUGCUAUGGAAUCACUCAUUUUUCAGACGGAUUUGUCAUAUCGUUUUGUCGUCCAGAAAAGAUUGAAACGAUUGAUAUGCGAGGCAAUGUGUUAAGAUCAGUUGUUUUUGAUCCGAGCGGAGAAAAUUUGUUCUCGAGACCACAAUAUGUAGAUAUUUGCCAUUCGACGAAAAGGAUAUAUGUUUCAGACCGGACAAAGGAAGAAGUGAUAGUGAUAACACCAGAAGGGAAGUUAAUCGGCAAGUAUAAAGAACCCACAUAUCCUCAGGGCGUGUGUGUUUUAAAUGAUGGGAGGUAUCUAGUAGCGAUGUAUGUAGGUGAUAUCAAUGUAGUAUCCAGCGGAUGCAUCAAACAGAAAACAUUGAUAGAAAGGAAAACUACUUUAAGAUGGGCUUGGGGUAUAUGCUACAGCUACGAGCAUAAGAAACUAUUUGUAAGCUACGAAAAUGGAAGAUACAUUAAUGUUUAUCAGUUGCAAUGAACACAUAUACGCGAACAAAUAAAAUGCUAGCACGGAUAUGCUUCAUUUCAAUAAAAAAUAUAAGAAAUUCCCUUGUAGGCGUAGAAUGCAAUAAAAUAAUAAUAGUAAAAAAACAAAAAAAAAAAAAAAAAA